CAUUUGGCCAAGUCAUGGCACAGAGACAGAUAGGCGGGCAGAGCAGGAGAGUCAAGCAGACUGUCCCAGAACCAUAGUUCAGCUACUGUACAUGUUAGCUCGAGCACACACAGUCCGGGCAGCAGUUUCCCUUCCUGUGUGUCUGCUGGUUAGCACAGCCUUAGUAACAUUCAACCUUGGAAUGUGUUCCUAUACCAGCAGAAGAGACGAUGCAUUGAUUGUGCUCAGAACCUCACCCUCCUCUUCAGCUCUGCCUCGCAUGGAGACGGAGAGGACGACUGGAGCGCUGCGGCUGCCUGUCUGCCAGGGUAACGAUACCCCUGGUCCUACCCCCAGGUGUUAACCUGUGCAAGGCUAAUCCAGGUAGCCUGAUCCUAUUACUGACCGGAGGCUCUACUUUAGGCUAGGCUAGCUCAAGUAGCCUGUUCUUCCAAGAUACGUUAAACUAUCCUAGGUACUCAGUCAUUCUUCUACUCACAGGUAUCCUGUACCUGUCUCUUAGCUCUUCGGUAGGUUAGGUUAUCUUAUGUAGCCUAUUGAUGUUUUGCCAAACAAAGCUAGGUUGAACUAGCUCAGGUAUAUAGUUACUGCCUCUAAGGUAGCCUGGCCCUACCUUCCUGGUUAGGCUAGUCUACAUAGCCUGGUCUUGUCUUUCCGUAAGAGGCAACGCUAAGCUAACCCACGUAGCUGGACUUGUCCCACUGUGCUAAGCUCUGCAAGCCCAGGAAGUUUCAUGAUGUCCCAACUUCUCCACAUGGAGAUCCCAAACUUCGGUAGCUCGGUGCUGGGCAGCCUGAACGAGCAGCGUCUGCUGGGCCAGUACUGCGACGUGGCGAUCCUGGUCAACGGUCAGGCCUUUAAGGCCCACCGCGCCGUGCUAGCCGCUAGCAGCCUCUACUUUAGGGACCUGUUUAGCAGCAACUCCCAGAGCCUGUUCGAGCUUCCCUCCUCCGUCACCCCCACCUGCUUCCAGCAGAUCCUGUCCUUCUGCUACACGGGCCGCCUGAGCAUGGCCCCCUGUGAGCAGCUGGUCCUCAUGUACACGGCCGGGUACCUGCAGAUCCAGAACAUUGUGGAGAGAGGCAUGGAGCUGAUGCUGAAGACCAGCUCCCCGCACUGCGACUCCCAGACCACCAGCGCAGACGACCUGGGGCUGGACGCUCAGCCCUGCAGCCCCAGCCACCGGCCCUCGGGCCUGGGCUCAGCCGAGGCUCUGCUGGCCUGUGGGCGGAUCAAGCAGGAGAGGUGUGACACGCCGCUGGAGGGGGAGCAGAAGGAGCACGGGGGGGGUCCCGGGGCGGAGGGCGGAGGAAGUCAGAGGGCAGAAUCCCGAGGGUCAGAGGGUAACGCCACGCGAAGCAGUGCCCUGUGUUACAGCGGGGUGGUGCCUGGGCUGCAGGCCUACCCUGCGGCCAGCGGGGAGCGCUCUAGUCCUGGAGGUUCCAGCCUGCCAGCCACAGACAGCCCUGGCUCCCACCCCUUAGAAGAAGAGUUUGAGGAGGACUUUUAUGGAAGCAGCACGCCUGGAAUCUUUGGCCAGAUCUACGGACAUCCUCCCAACCCAUACAGCAUGCAACAGAAGGUGGAAAUGCUGUCCCUCCCAUUGGCCACAGAGAGGCGCCCCUGCGUGCUGAUUGGACGAGAUACGAUGGCUCUUCCUGCCAGUCUGAUCAGCCAGAUUGGAUAUCGGUGCCACCCCACCCUCUACACAGAGGGAGACCCUGGAGAGAAGGUGGAGCUGGUUGGAGGUUCUGGUGUGUAUAUGACAAGAGGUCAGCUGAUGAACUGUCACCUGUGCGCAGGCAUCAAACAUAAAGUCCUGCUUAGAAGACUUUUGGCUACCUUCUUUGACAGAAACACAUUGGCCAAUAGCUGCGGGACUGGGAUUCGCUCAUCAACCAAUGAUCCGAGCCGUAAACCUCUGGACAACCGGGUCUUAAACACAGUCAAACUGUACUGCCAGAACUUUGCGCCCAACUUCAAGGAGAGUGAGAUGAACGUGAUCGCGGCGGACAUGUGCACCAACGCCAGGCGCGUCAGGAAACGCUGGCUGCCCAAGAUCCAAUCCCUCCUCCCUGACAAAAGCCACCGGAGGGGCCAGACCAAGACCGGAGGGUCCCCGGCUUUGGCCCCGGCCCCGGCCCAGACCAGCGCCAUCUCAGCCUUGGACCUGGACCCCCGGCACCUGAGUCAAGCCUACCUCCCCCUUGACGCCCACCUCUACGCAGAGCGCAGGGAGGCCCUCCUGCCUCACCUGCAGUUCCUGAGCUCCCGGGGGGAACAUGAAGGGGCCGACCCGGAGAGAGAAGGGGUUGUGCAGGCAGGCCACGGGACUGAAGCCCACCUUGCAGAGGCUCUCCCGGCCAGUUCCCCCAGUCCACACCGAGGCUCCUCCCCCCACCUCACAGAACAGCAGGAAGGGGAGGAGACAGGGGAGGAGACAAUGGAGGAACCACAGGAGGACAGCCAAUAAGAUCUUAGACUCUAUCUGCUUCCGCUGCAGACAUCUAUAUGUACAUAUAGGUGCACAGUAUAUAUAUAUAUAUAUAUAAAAUAUGUAUGUGUCUGUUUGUUUGGCAACUGUGAUGCAUGCAAGAUCCAGCUUUGCAGUUCUGACUACGGGCGUGUAAAUAGAACUCAUAAAUAAAGGCUUCUUGAUAAUGCUAUGGCGACCAGUACUGUUCUAGAGUGCCCCCUGUGGGCUGGUCAGAGGUCAGAUGUACAUAGGUGGACAGAUGUGGGCCCUGGACUGGCUGAAGACUGGCUGAAGGCUCUGUACUGAUGAGCCUGAUCCCACGGACAAACUCAACUGCAACCCUACAAAGCUACUGUGCGAAGGACAGAAGAUGUUAUCUAAACACUCUCUAACUUAAGACUGUGUGACUGGGCUGAGAUUAAACAAAUGGGGGCAUUGCAGAAGUCUAUUAAUACACAAUAUGUUCAAACGAGGUCAUUCAGAUCUGGUGGUGCUGUAGGCGUGGACCAUGUAGUUUUAGGAAUACUGCUGUUGUACAUACUAUAGAAUGCUUUGUGCAGGAGAAUGUUUGUCUAAAAUGGGGGUGUUUCUAAAAGCAGGAUUUGUCGAAGUUAUAACCAGAAAACUGACAAUUUGGUCUGCUUAAAGCUCUUGCUAUUCUUUGUUAUCAAUAAAGCUAAGCUUAAAAGCU